CUUGCUCGCCACCACACGACACCAGCAACACAACCACACAGCCACACACUUCAGCCCACCAAUUUACCUUCACCAACAAUCAACUCGCCAACAACAACAAUUAACUGCUGCCCCAAACUACAGCCACCUAUCCCAAAUCGACCACCAAUUCGGAUGCCGCCGCAUCAUUUCCACCACCGCAAUCGAAGCCCACCAAGUGUUGCCACCAUUCAAACCUCAACAAGCCCCAACCUAAAUGACCGCACUUAUGUAAUCUUACCUCAAACAUUCGUAUUUCUUAGGAUAAAGGGAAGUAUGGUAUUCUGGGAGUACAAACAAUUCGGAACAACCUGUUUGAGGUGAGUGGAGAGAGAAAGAAGAAGAGUGAGGUGGCGGUGAUGAGUGGUGGUGGCGAAGGUGGGGUUGGUGGUUCCGUGGUUUUAGUGUUUGAGGUGAGAGGAGAGAGAAAGAAGAAGAGUGAGAAAGGAAAAUGAGAAAAUUAAAAAAAAAAAAAAAAAAAAAUUAACCUGUUUAUCAGGUCACAGGUAAAAUGGACCUGUUGGAGAAAGAGGGGUAUAAAGGUUGGAUUUUUGAGGAAUAAACAAAAGGUUGGAUUUUUCUACGGAAAAAGUAAAAAGGUUGGAUUUUUCUUUUCCAUUUUUCCUAAAUGAAAAGCACUACAUUUGACAUCAAUUAUUUAGGAAACAAUGUAUGAAUUCCAUUAUAGAGGCAUAGAGCUAUAAUCUUUCAUAACGACAUUUUUCUCUUCACCGGUCUUCCAAGCACGCUCUUGGAUUGACUUGCAGCAAUAAUCAUGUAGGCAUAAUUUACAUCAAUAAUCAUGAGGGCAUUUCAGGAGUUGUUACCCAUUCAUUUGAAUGUCGACCUAAUCUUCAGUAUGUACCAAAUGGAACAGAAAUAACUACAGAAUAUCAGAUCUUAUUAGUUUUAGAUUUUUCAGUAGUCAACUUUUCAGGAUAUCAAUCUCUCACUUUUCUAAAGCAUAAAAUCAGUAGCAAAGGUUUAACAUUCUAAAUAGACUUCACCUCUUCAUCCAUCUCAUCAGAUUCCUCAAAACAUAGCUGUAAGACUAACAGUACUUAUAUUAUUUAAAGCAAUAAUCAGGUAAAGUAAAAUAAGAAGCCAAAGCAGCUUCUAACUACAAUCCUCAUAGCUCAAAAAAUAUCUGAAACAACUUGAACUGAAAGGCCAUUUUUAGGAAUCUAUUUUAAGUAAGGAAAUGCUCAACUGUCUGAAGAACAACAUUCACCAUAAGAAAAAAUAGAAUUUUACCACUGUACUUUUGCGGAAACUAUUAGAAGUUUCCAUCGCCAUAUACCUAUUUGAUUCUCAAGAAAGAAAAAAAAAAAAAAAAAAAAAAAAAAGCUGAGGCACAGCAACAUACAACUUGACCUUUGUAAGCAGCAGCAUAGGAAUAUAACCUACAAAAACAAUGACUAAGAGUAAUCCUUAACAGUAUUAUCUUCAGCCCAUGAUGACAGCUAUAUAUAGACCUCGUAAUCAAAAUAAGUUCUGCAAGGAGAAGCCAAGCUAGCUAAGCUUUAAAAACAAACCAUCAACAUUUCCAAUUUUUCAAAGCUCGGGGUAAAGCAAUGGAAAUUGUGAAGAAUCUAGUGAGUGAAAUGCCACUAGUGAUCUUCAGUAAAAGCUCUUGCUGUUUUUCUCACUCAAUGAAGCAACUUAUGAGAAGCUAUGGAGCCAAUGCAACAGUAUAUGAGCUCGAUGAAAUUCCAAAUGGGAAGGAGAUUGAAAAGGGUCUUUUGAGCAUGGGAAAUAAGCCAAGUGUGCCAGCUAUUUUCAUUGGCCAUAAGUUAGUUGGUGGAUCUACAGAAGUCCUUAGCCUCCAAAUCCAGGGGAAAUUAGCAUCUCAGCUCAAGGAAGCAGGAGCCAUAUGGGUUUGAAAUAGUACAUAACUAAAGACUUUUCAUUGAGCCUCUUUCUUUUACUGUACAAGACUACAAGGUAACAAGAUUAGAAAUCAGUUAGACAAUAUGAUUCUGCUAAUGUAAUCACUUAAACUAACGAGGAGCUUCUCUUCAAUAUUUCUCUGCAAAUAAAGAUAUACCCUACUAUUCAUAAAUAAGUUGA